AUACCGAAUCAAGUGGCAGUUCCGUGAUCAUGCGUAGAGAACAUCGCCACUCGGCUGCGAUCUGAUGCUUCCCCUCCGCUAGUGUCUCCCGCCGCAGACUUCCACUGAUUUCACAAAGCAGUCCCAGAGUUUCCCCUUUAGCUGGAAACCGCCGCCGCCGGGGAGGGGUUGAAGAGAGGGAUGGGGAUCGAGGAAGGGUGAAAAGGCUUGAUGGGUCUCUGCAGCUCCAAGAAGUUGCCGACAGGCGCUAUCAGCCCUCAGAAGCACCGCUUUCGGAACCCCGGUCAGGAUUUUCCGGGCCACAAAUCAGCACCAGCCAUGUCUGCGCCACCAGUGAAACUGCAUAUUCAAGAACGUCAUGUAGUUAUAGACAAUGGCAUACUUCAGGUCACCUUGUCUAAGCCAGAUGGAAUCGUCACGGGAAUACGAUACAAUGGCAUUGAUAAUUUACUCGAGAUCUGUAACCAGGAAACCAAUAGAGGGUACUGGGACCUUGUCUGGAGUGCACCAGGUAGCAGGGGGAUAUUUGAUGUGAUUAAAGGAACGAGUUUCAACAUAGUAGUGAACAAUGAAGAACAGGUUGAACUCUCAUUUGUGAGAACAUGGGAUUUCUCGCUUGAAGGCAAGUACGUUCCACUAAAUAUAGAUAAGAGGUUCAUUGUGCUUCGUGGCUCCUCGGGUUUUUACUCCUAUGGCAUUUACGAGCAUCUGCCUGAGUGGCCACCUUUUGAGAUUGGUGAAACGAGGAUCACUUUCAAACUUCGAAAAGACAAGUUUCAGUUUAUGGCCAUUGCAGAUGAUAAGCAAAGGAAAAUGCCACUACCUGAUGAUCGGAUGCAUGGGAGAUGCCAAACCCUGGCCUACCCGGAAGCCGUCCUUCUUGUCAAUCCCGUUGAUCCUGAACUUAAAGGAGAGGUGGAUGACAAGUACCAGUAUUCGCUACCCAACAAAGACAUCCUUGUCCAUGGUUGGAUGAGCUUCAACCCACCCGUGGGGUUCUGGCAAAUCACACCUAGCAAUGAGUUCCGAUCCGGUGGGCCCCUUAAACAGAACCUAACCUCUCACGUGGGACCCACAACCCUCGCUAUGUUUCUCAGCGGCCAUUAUGCGGGAAAGGACCUUGAGCCCAAGUUUGGACCAAGAGAGCCAUGGAAGAAAGUCUUUGGUCCUGUGUUCAUUUAUGUAAAUUCUGCAACUCGUGGAGAUGACCCGAGAUUGCUGUGGGAUGACGCCAAAAUGCAGAUGAUGACUGAAGUUGAAAGCUGGCCCUACAGCUUCCCAGCUUCUGAAGAUUUCCUCAAGUCUCACCAAAGGGGUAAUGUCAGAGGCAGGCUUUUAAUCCUAGAUAGGUACAUGAGCGACGGCUUUAUUUCGGCAGAUGGUGCCUAUGUUGGAUUGGCUCUUCCUGGAGAUUUUGGAUCAUGGCAAAGAGAAUGCAAGGGAUAUCAAUUUUGGACCCAAGCAGACAAGCAGGGGACAUUCUGCAUAAAAAAUAUAUGUCCUGGUGACUACAAUCUAUAUGCAUGGGUCCCUGGAUUUAUCGGAGAUUACCGCAAUGAUGCUAUCAUCUCCAUUGCUUCAGGUAUGGACAUCGACAUGGGUGACCUCGUAUUCAAGCCUCCGAGAGAGGGGCCCACUUUGUGGGAAAUUGGCAUCCCUGACCGCUCGGCAGCUGAGUUUUAUAUCCCUGACCCAAACCCAAUGCACAUAAAUAGACUUUACGUUAACCAUCCAGAAAGGUAUAGGCAGUAUGGACUAUGGAAUAGAUACAUGGAGCUAUAUCCCAAUGACGAUUUGAUCUACACAAUCGGCUUAAGCGACUAUAGGAAAGGUUGGUUUUUCGCCCAAAUCCCGAGGCAGAAAGAGGAUGACACACACCACGGAACAACAUGGCAAAUCAAAUUCAAUCUCAAUUGUGUUGACCGAAGCAAUGGGUACAAGUUACGUGUGGCGAUCGCCUCAGCAACCUUGGCAGAGCUUCAGGUUCGGGUCAACGAUCCGAAUGCAAGAAGGCCACUUUUCACAAGUGGGUUAAUAGGGAGAGACAACUCUGUCGCUAGGCACGGGAUUCAUGGGAUUUACUGGCUCUUCAGCGCGAACAUCCCUGGGAAUAUGCUGGUGGAAGGCGAAAACACGGUGUUUCUGACACAGCCGAGGUGCCAGAGCCCAUUUCAGGGGAUCAUGUACGAUUACAUUCGUCUUGAAGGCCCCCCUUCUGAUGCUGCUGCGCUAUAGGUUAUGUCAGGAUUAAUAAGUCGAGAAACUCAAUGUGAUGCGAGUCAUGCGACAUAAGUAUUUCUCGGUGAUUUCUACAUCUCUUACCGGAGAAUAAUUCAUGAUUUUCAUUAUAUACAUCUCUUUGUUAUUUCGAAAAGGUAAAAUACAAAAAAACGAACAAAUAUUUUGGAAUGUA